GUACCAGAACCGGAUUCCGCCCCCACUAAUUUGAGACCUUUGACUCCUGGACCCUACUUGGUUACCACGGAUCGACGACCUUUUUUCGGUUCUUUCACUUCCAGACUAUUUCGCUGCUACAAAAAUGAACCCCAUCAAAGCGUUGAUCAUGGAGAGGACCCAUCACCGAUCAAUCAAGCAAGCAGUCAUCGGUCAUCCCAUUUCGUCAAACAGCAUGCAGGUUUACUGGUGGACACGGACCUUUGUCAAACGGCUACUUGA